UUUGGACAUAAUUUUGGAAAAUAGAGUUCAAAGCCUCAGCUUUCCUCUGUUUUUCAGUCCAUUAAACAACAUAGAGUUUUCACUAUUCAUUCAUAUGCUCCUUACAUUAGAUCGUCAGAAGUUAGUAAAUCGAAAGAGGAAAGCUUCAAAAUGAUCAAGAAAUCGAGUUUCGGGCCGGGCCCGUUUCCUCUGAUCACGAUCCUCUCCAUUCUACUGCUUCCGGCUCGGUUAUUACGGGCCGACCCGCGAACCCAAACCGUGCUUUUCGAGUGCACGAACCAGCUCGAGGACAACACCACCAUCUUCGUGCCCAACUUCGUGGCCACAAUGGAGAACAUAAGCGCCCAAAUCCGAACAUCGGGCUUCGGCACAGCCUCAACGGGCUUCGGGCCCAACGCCAACUUCGGGCUGACCCAAUGCUACGGCGACCUCUCAAUUGUAGACUGUGUCCUUUGCAAUGCCGCGGCCCGAACACUCCUUCCGCAUUGUUAUCCGUACAACGGCGGUCGCGUUUAUCUCGACGGGUGUUUCGCGAGGUCCGAGAAUUACACGUUCUUCGAGGAGUAUAGCGGGCCGGGAGAUCGGGCCGUGUGUGGGAACACGAGCUCGGCCCGACAAUUUGGGCCGGAAUUUCGGGCUUCGGCCCGGCAAGCCGUGGCCCAGGCAGUCUCGGCUGCGCCGGGUGAGAACGGGUUCGCGCGGGCCCGAGUGAGGGUGGGUGAGUCGAGGAAUGGGUCGGUUUACGUGUUGGCGAAUUGUUGGAGGACGAUAGGGGAACGGGCUUGUCGGGCAUGUUUGGCGAGCGCGGCCCAGUCGGUUUUAGGGUGUUUGCCUUCGUCUGAGGGCCGGGCCUUGAACACGGGUUGUUUCUUGAGGUACUCGGAUAUGGAUUUCCUUAAUCCCUUGUCCGGGAGUGGAGGUUCGACUUCGAGUGGGAGGAAUAGGAUUAUAGCGAUUGUGGUGGCAUCGGUUAGUGCAGCGGCGGUUUUGGCGACCGGAGCUUAUGNGGUGUUUUACCGGACGGGAGAGAAAUCGCGGUCAAGAGGCUUUUCUUCAACAACAAGCACCGAGCGGCCGAUUUCUACAAUGAGCUGCUCGGGACCUGAAAGCCUUCUCGUUUACGAAUUCUUGCAAAACCAAAGCCUUGAUCACUUCAUUUUCGAUCCAAUUCGAGGCAAGACGUUAAACUGGGAGAAAAGGUUCGGAAUCAUAAUCGGGACAGCCGAGGGCUUAGUGUACCUUCACGAGAACACGAAGAUAAGGAUUAUUCAUCGAGACAUAAAGGCAAGCAAUAUCCUCUUAGACUCGAGAUUUCGCGCGAAAAUCGCGGAUUUCGGGCUGGCCAGGUCAUUUCAAGAUGACAAGAGUCAUAUAACCACAGGCAUAGCAGGAACAUUGGGAUAUAUGGCCCCAGAAUACCUAGCACACGGCCAGCUAACCGAAAAAGCCGAUGUCUACAGCUUCGGCGUUCUUUUACUAGAAAUAGUCACCGGCAAAAUGAAUAACCGAAGUAAAACCUCAGAGUACUCGGACAGCCUUAUAUCCAUCGUAUGGAGGCAUUUCAAGGAACGAGCUGUCGAAAGGCUCCUAGACCCAAGCCUAACGAACAACCAUAACUACAACAACAUAAAAAACGAGAUAUUGCGUGUGGUCCACGUGGGACUCUUAUGCACGCAAGAAAACCCGACUUUAAGGCCGUUUAUGUCAAAGGCUUUACUAAUGCUCGUCAACAGAGAUGAACUACCGGCCCCGACUAAUCCUCCUUUCAUGGACGAGAGAACCAUGCAACUAAACGACUCGAGUGAAAAUACGUUAUUGCCCCUACAGAAUGGGAGAGGCGAGGACUCGGUUGCCAACGUGUCACAUAGCAUUUUCUAUCCAAGAUGAUGUCGAAAAAGUUCGGGUUUUUUUCGUCUAGAGUUGUACAUAAGAAUGCAUAAAUUUAGGGGUGUUUUCUUAAAGAGUUUUUUACACAUCUGAUUUUUCUGAUUUGUUAUAGAGUUUCUUGUGCACUAAAUACUAUAUUGGAAUCAAUUUACUAGUGAAGCUUUUUU